AUGUCGCGCUCUCAAGCCCAUACAGGCUCGCCCGGCGGCAACGAGCCACCGAGACGGCCGAACAAUGCCAAGGACAACGUCACCAAAAGCCACUACGAUGAACGCUUUCGAGUUUCAAAGCACAAGCCAGCUGAUCGUUCCAGGUAUGCGGGAAUCUGCCUCCGUUGCAACGAGCCGCACCAUGGUACUCGCCAGGCAAAGGAUUGCGACCGCGCUUGUGCAUCUUGCGGAAAGAUGGAACACUUCGGCACUUGGUGCCCCGAAUUCCAGACGAAGAAGAUGUGGAGGAAGUACGCCUACAAUGAUCCUCCCGAGGAAGACAAAGCCAUCGACCUUGAACAGCAACUGAAUGAUGCUCAGGCUGAGACCCAGAAGCUCAUGAAUGAGCUCAGCGAUGCCGGUGAUGACAACGAGAAUCUUGAACUUGCUCUCCAGGAUACCCGGAACGCCCUCGUUGAAGUAAUGACGGUGAAUGGCGAGCUCCAAAGGGAUCUCGACACGCUGCGCAACAUGUACUUGGCCAGGGGAAUGGGAUCGGGCCAGAUGCAGAACCCUCCACAACAGUGGUUCGCUCCUGGCUAUGGAUACCCUCCAUUCGGCUUCGCUUCCGGCUCGGGCUCACUUCAGCAACAACCCGGUCAACCUCCGAUGCCCCUCUAUCCAUACCCAAAUAUGAACGAGGCAAUCGCACGCGCACAGUUCGGGCCCACGGAUGCAUACAAUCAGCGUGGACCCAUUGCCUACAUCGGACAACAGCAGCCUAUCCAAGGUUAUGCGCCGCAUCCAAGUAUCCAGCAGUGGGCUCCGCUCCUACAAGCACAUCAACAAGCUCCUCGAUUCCCGACGCUCAGUCGUUCUCCAGCCCAGUUACAUCACGGCGAUGCUCACCAGGCUUUCCAACAGCCCAUGCAGGAUGGAGGAAUAGCUACAGUCGCCCAGCACCAAGCUCAAAGUCCGCAGAUGCAUGAGCAGUCUCCACAGGAUUAUGAGCCGUGUUCAGGCACUCAAAACAUGGCUUCGCCGCAGCAGUUGAACCAGUACACGUCUCCAUACCCAGAACGUAGUCCUCAGUAA